AUGGCAGACGCUUCUGCCGUUGAAUCCGUGGAUGCUCUGCAAGGUCUCUUUGACUCGAUGCAAGUCCCUGCUCCGCUCAGCAACGCGGUUCAAACAUUGGGGAUUUUGUCAAUCCCUGAUUUCGCUUUUGCAUAUUCCAGCAUAUCCGAGCUUGAUGUUCCGUGCUCCGCAGAGCACCAGCAAGUGUGGGAUGACAUGGAAGUGUCGGACCCCCUGCACAGCCCUGCAAUGGCCAGGCUCCGCCGAGCGCUUCAACGAGCCAAAGCCAUCACAGAAGCAUCAGAUGCUGCCGCACCACCUGCACCAUCCUCAGGCACUGCACCUACACAGCUCAACGCUUGGGCUGAACACGUGCCGCCGCGCCUGGACUCCAACAGCAUCGCACAGCUCGUCAAAGACUUUCACCGCAACUAUCCGGGGGAACACCUUGACGGCGACGCAAUGCCUAGCGUUCGCCUCCUCAGCAUCGUUCAUCGCUGGUUCUCCCCAGGCAACAACAUCAGCUGGGUACCGUGGCAGCUCCGCCUGUCCGAGAGACAGUACCAAGAGAUCAUUGAAAGCCGCACAAUACGCACGCUCCGCUCUGAGGCGGCCUUUCUCAGCACCGCCCUCUUCGAUGAUACACCUGAGAUGCCUGUGGAUCAUCUCCGCCUGAGCCCAGCAUGGCUUGGAC